CUCUAUUCUUCUAACCACUAUAAACCAACCUAUGCGUUCCUAUAAAAGCAAUCUCUAGUGGUCUGUAAUUUUCUCAUCUUGGAAUCCAAAACACAAAUCCUGCUCGGAAGAAAAAAAACCGUCUGUUUUUGAGUUCUGUUGAGCAAGAAGUAGAUAUAUGGUGCUAGAAUUCGAGAUUCCUAGCGCUUUCGAUCCAUUUGCCGAUGCCAAACAGUCAGGGACCAAAGAGUAUGUGCACAUACGCAUACAGCAAAGAAAUGGAAAGAAGAGCUUGACUACAGUUCAGGGUCUACCUGCAGAGUUGAGCUACGAAAAGAUCCUCAAGACUCUCAAGAAAGAUUUCUGUUGUAAUGGGAAUGUUGUGCAGGACAAGGAACUUGGCAAGGUCAUUCAACUCCAAGGUGAUCAACGCAAGAACGUCCAGAAUUUCCUUGUUAAUCAGAACAUUGUGAAGAAGGACCAGAUCAAGAUUCAUGGUUUUUGAAUCAAUCUAGUAUUUACUACAUCUAAAUUAUUAAUUAAGUUACUGUGUGUGUGUGUUUGAUCUUUUUCUCUCCUUUAUGCCGCUGAAUUGUUGUUAUUGUAACAACAGCAAUGCGUGUUUUCAGUUUCAACAAUAAUAAGAGUAAUAGUUUCUUAAA